AUGGGUAAUCUUAUUCCGGAAGGCCAUAAAGUUCUUAUCUUUUCCCAGAGUUGCAUAAUUCUUGAUAUUAUUCAGAAUUUCCCUGGUGCUCCAACAUUUUUGCCAGGUAAACCCAUCUGGCCAGACCUCUGCGUUGCCUCCUACAAGGUAGAUCACACUUGCUUGGCUAAACGUUAUUCUGUAUGCUUUCAAAUUUGUCUUCUUCCUGAAUUCUUUUUCUUUCUAUCAUGGCAACCUUCAACAGUAGUUUGGGAUCGGCACCUUCUUGCAAAAGAUAUCGUGUACGUGUUCUUCUGCUGCUAUUGUGGAUUCGGGAACAUCCUUGCUUACUGGUCCAACUGUAUGUAUCUCACGUGA